AUGGCCCCGUCUGCCGUAACCCCUCCCAUGGAUCGGACUUCUCCCAUCCUCACUCCCGCUUCUUUAACCUUUCCCACAUCCAACAACACCUCUGGUGCUGUCGAUGGCACUCCCAACUUCCACGGCUAUGAUCAUGUUACCUGGUAUGUGGGAAAUGCAAAGCAAGCAGCUUCGUAUUACACCACACGCCUCGGCUUCUACACAGUAGCAUACCAAGGUCUCGAGACUGGAAGUAGACAUGUUGCCUCCCAUGUCGUUGCCAACGGCAAGAUUAGAUUUGUGCUCAUGUCUCCCAUCAAGUCAUACUCAUCUAUUGAUGAAAACGAGCCCAUAUCAUCAGAGGAACGAGGCUUGUUGAAGGACAUGUACCAGCAUCUUGAGAAGCACGGCGACGCUGUCAAGGACGUUGCGUUCGAGGUCGACAACGUAGAGGGUGUUUACCGACAAGCUGUCGAAGCAGGUGCCGUGUCAGUACAGGCUCCCCGUAAGACGUCAGACGAGAGCGGAUCAGUCACCACAGCCAUCAUCCGCACAUACGGCGACACAACACAUACAUUACUCUCCCGAGACUCCUACCAAGGCAUCUUCCUCCCCGGCUAUAAGGCUAUACCCAAGUCCAAGAUCGACCCACUCCAAAGCCUUCUCCCACCCAUUGUACUAGAAGCCAUCGACCACUGCGUCGGCAACCAAGACUGGGGUAAGAUGGAAGAAGCCUGCGCCUACUACGAGAAGUGUCUCUCCUUCCACCGUUUCUGGUCCGUAGACGACAACCAGAUAUCCACCGAAUUCUCCGCGCUGAGCUCCAUCGUCAUGGCGUCGCCAAACAACGUCGUCAAGAUGCCAAUCAACGAGCCAGCGCCGGGCAAGAAGAAGAGUCAAAUUGAAGAAUACGUCGACUUUUACGGCGGUGCUGGAGUGCAGCAUAUUGCGUUGCGGACAAAUGAUAUUAUAUCCGCUGUUGGGAACUUGCGGGCUCGUGGAGUGGAGUUUAUCGAUGUCCCGGAAUCGUACUACAGCACUAUGCGCCAACGACUAAAGAGCGACAAGAGGAGUUGGAAGUUGCAGGAAGACUUCGACACGAUCCAAAAACUGAACAUCCUGAUUGAUUUUGACGAGGGCGGAUAUUUACUCCAGCUGUUCACGAAGCCGUUGAUGGAUCGGCCGACGGUGUUCCUUGAGAUUAUCCAGAGAAACGACUUUGAUGGCUUCGGCGCUGGAAACUUCAAGAGCUUGUUCGAGGCUAUUGAGAGGGAACAAGCGGAUAGGGGUAAUUUGUGA